AUGUUCCGACAAGGUAGACUUUUAUUUAGUAUGAUUGUAAAACCGAACUUUAAAAACUCCACCAAUUUUCGGUCUUCAACUGCUAAACAACUAGAUGGUUUAGAAAUUAAAAUUCCAGUCCCGUGGGGCCAUAUAGCUGGUAAAUGGUGGGGUCCGACGAAUAUCCGACCCAUUUUAGCCAUCCAUGGUUGGCAAGAUAACUGCGGCACUUUCAACACAUUGCUGCCUUUAAUCACCCAAGACGUGGGUUUCUUAGCUAUAGAUCUCCCAGGCCAUGGUUACUCUUCGCAUAUUCCUGACGGCUUUUACUACCAUAUUACAAAUUACGUGAUUCUGGUACAACGAUUGGUAGAUUAUUUCAAAUGGCCACAGGUAUCUCUGUUGGGUCACUCUCUAGGAGCCUGGACCGCGUUCUUGUACACCAUAAUAAACCCCCAAAAUGUAGAUCUUUUGAUCUGCUUGGAUGGCCUCAAGCCUUUCACUGACGACGAAAUUCUCAGUACCAACUCAAAAAGAAUCUCGAAAUUUCUAGAAUACGAAAAACUUAAAAAAGAAAAUACAGAACCGCGUGCUUAUACCAUGGAAGAAAUUAAACAGAAAAUCUGUGGCUCAUUUGGUGGUUCAGUUGCGUAUAAGCACAGCAACCACUUAGUUGAACGUAAUGUUGCUCCCUCAAAGUGCCAACCCGGAAAGUACUACUUUACCAGAGAUCCUAGGUUAAAAGCAACCGAAUUAAUUAACUGGAGACAGAAGGACUUGGUACCUGGAGCCCGAGGUGUGCGUUGUCCUGUUUUUCUUGGAAAAGCUAUAGAUGAUCAUUAUUAUUCUAAAGACGAGAAGUAUAUUCAGGAAGUUGUAGACGCUCUUAAAUUAAGUGGUAACUGUGAGCUCCACACAUUGGAAGGAACUCAUCAUUUUCAUCUCAAUAAUCCUGAAGUACUGGCUGGGUUGAUUAAAAAGUUCCUCGAACAACACGAUAGAUCUGAUAGAAGAGUGGGUGGAAUCAAGAAGGAAAUCAUUCACACCCUGUAG